AUGAAUAAAUUUUUCUCAAUUAUUUGUCUUAUUGUUAUUAUUUCUACUGCAUUAGCUAAAACUUCAGUAAAAGAUAAAACGGUUGAUGCUGCAACUGACUUAAAAGACAAGGUUGUUGAAACGGUAAAAGAUGCAUAUGAUGCAGCUUCACCUAAAGUAGUCGAAGGUGCUGAAUUUAUCAAAGAAAAAGUUGUUGAUGGAGCUGAAUUCGUAAAAGAAAAGGCUAGUGAAGCAUAUGAUAAUCUUGCUCCAAAAGUAGCUGAAGGUGCUAAUUAUUUAAAAGAUAAAGCUAUUGAUGGAGCUGAAUUUUUGAAAGAUAAAGCAGGUGAAACUUAUGAAACUCUUUCACCUAAAGUAGUUGAAGGUGCCGAAUAUAUCAAAGAUAAAGCUGAGGAAGCUUAUGAUACUCUUAAACCAAAAGUUGUCGAAGGUACAGAAUAUUUAAAAGAUAAAGCUGGUGAAGCUUAUGAUGCUCUUAAACCAAAAGUUGUUGAAGGUACUGAAUAUUUAAAAGAAAAAGCUGAAGAAGCUUAUAAAACUGGAAGUAAACUCGCCGAAGAAUAUAGUGAAAUUGCCAAAGAAAAAUUAGCUAACAUUGCUGACGAUGCCAAAGCUUCAGCUCAAAAUUUCGCUGAUGAUACAGUUAAAGCUAGUAAAGAAUAUGCGAAAGAAGGUGUAAAACAAGGUCAAAAAUUAGGUGAACAAGCUUUUGAACUUGGCAAAGAUAAAGCGAAUGAAGCACUUAAAGCUGCUCAACAAGCUAGUGCUGAUGCAUAUGAAGCUUCACUUAAAUUAGGUGCUGAUGCUGCUAAAAAAGGUCGAAAAUUAGCUGAACAAACACUUGAAUUGAGUCGAGAUAAAGCUAAUGAAGCAUUAAAAGCAGGCAGACAUGCUGGUGAAGAUGCAAUGGAAUCAGCGCAAGAAUAUGCCAAAGAUUCGAAAAAGAAAGCAAAGAGAAAAGUACAAGAAGCUACCGAAGAAGCAACUGAAGCAACACAAAAACUUAAACGAAAAGCUACAGAAUUAUAA